AUGGCUAAGAAUGAAGCGCCGCCGACCAUUGAAGUGAAGCUGUUCGUGGACAAGGAGAAGAAGAAGGUGCUCUUUGCGGAGUCCGACAAGGAGUUCGUCGACGUGCUCUUCGGUUUCCUCACCAUGCCUCUCGGCACCGUCGUGCGCCUGCUGGAUAAGCAGUCUCAGAUGGGGUGCCUCGACGAGGUGUACAAGAGCGUGGAGGAUCUCAGCGCCGACUACUUCGAAAUCAAGGCCUGCAAGGCGAUGCUUCUGAAACCGCUCAACGCGGCUUCCGGUCACUGCUGUCGGCUCAAGAUCAACGUCGACGACACAAAGCCUAGGGCGGCAGUGUAUGUCUGCAAAGACACGAGCUGUUGCGCUCGUGACGAUUUCGCGUUUAGCUCGGUCCCUGACACCGUCUGCAGAUGCGGCAAAGUGAUGGAGUCUGUUGGGGAUAGGCCGCCGGACAACGGUGCCAAAACUGAGGCUGCUGGUUCUGAUUAUGGAGUUUUUGUCAAGGGAUGCCAGAAGUUUAUCACCACCGAUGAUCUUCAGGUAGCGCCAGCAUCCACGUCUCUCAUGCUUUCGCUCUGCAAGAAAUUCGGAGUUCAGGAUCCAAACGAUCUUGAUAAGACGACUCUCCAGCUCACUUCUGAUAAGAUAACUAGUUUGCUCAGGAGAUCACUCACAUCCAAGCAACCUUUAACUGGGCUCCAUUUCGACGUUCCUAUCUCACCUGACGAUGCACCCCUUGUUUGGGUCGAUUGGAGCCUGUGGAAUGAACAAGUGAAUGAGGUAGACGACAAGGUUGUGAAGAUAAAGGUUCUUCAGACGAAGACAAACUCCGCUGUACUGUACGCUGAAGUUGGCCAUGAUUUCGUUGAUCUCGUUUUUGGAUUGUUGAGUGUUCCACUUGGAUCUGUAGCUAAGGCGUUUUGCCAGCCGCUACCAAAUGGUUGCAUCGAUAACCUUUACAGGAGCAUAGAUGGUUGCGCUGAAGGAUGCAUGAGAGCAGAAUGCAAGAACCUGCUACUAACCCCAGAGUUGCCACCCUUCUUUGGUUGCGGCGCUAGCCAGAUCCUACAGGUGAAUCAAAUAGCUCCCAGGAAGAUAAAGAUCGAUUUUUGCUUCACAUGCUUCAAGAUUGGUGGUUUUUCUGGCUAUAGUCGUUGUCACCAAAAAGGAAGAAUAAUACGUUGGGAUGGCUAUGAUCCAGAAUAUGGAUACAUCAAUUGUCAAAAAUAUACCAAAACUGCAGAGGUAAGUGAGUUAGAUCCAAAGUCGCCUGAGGGGAAAAGUGACCACCACUCUGCAUAUGUGAAGCAGGAGCCUCAGAACUUCAUGGUGACUGAUUGCCUCCGUGUAAGUCCUCUCUCUUUGGAUAGCUGCCUACGAGUAGUCAGCGAUGCCAAGGUUGAGAUGAAGGAGCUUGUGGAGAAGGAAGUCACUCUGACAAAGUUCCAGGUUAGGGAGAUACAGAGAGCUGCUCUGAUGAGUCGCGACGCUCUCAGCUCUGUGCUCGUGCCUCUCCGAAGAAGAAGAAUCUGA